AUGAGCCUUGCAUUCGAAAGAAGUCGCUUUAAUACUGAAUCAACAAAUCUAGCUUAUGUGAAGCAGUAUCUGUUACACUUUACUCUUCGCUUCAACAGUUGCACAUAUAGUCUGCUUAUUCUUGAUCUUUUUUCUAAUUUUGCAGUCACCAUCACACAAAACGAGACACAUAAAUCACCUUCUAAUCAAAAGGGGGCGAUAAUUUCACCGUUCUUUUUGUGUCACCAAAAUUUCUGCAUUAAUAAGUUUGUCUUCCUAAUGAUUAGUUAUCCCAUAAUCAGAAUUUUAAUGAAUGAAGUAGGUGAAGGUCAAAAAAGUUCACACCAGAAUGACGCGAAUUUAAAAAAAAACUUACAAUGUACUCUCCCAAAACAGCUUUUCGCAGGUUUUUUUAAGAAUGACUCUAGAAACACAGAAAUCUCAGUGUUUCAAAAUGACCCAAGAUGUAACUCAGUUGGAAUGCGUCUACUAACAAUUCAGGCGAGUAGUAUACCACACUUUUGUCUAUCAUUAAAGGUUCAAUGA